AUGGGUACCGUCAUAUUGACGCAGCUCUUAUAUAUGCUUAUCCACUGGCCCGUUCGAUUAGUCCCAAACGAGUCGAGUGAGCUACUACCGGUCAACCCCGAUGGUUCCCGAGCGGUUGAUCGAUCGUGGAGUCAGAACGAGACAUGGCGCCAGAUGGAAGAGGUAUACAAGUCCGGCAAGGUCAAGGCCAUAGGCGUGGCGAAUUGGUCAAUUCCCUACCUAGAGGAGCUCCGCAAAACAUGGACAGUUGUCCCAAGUGUGAACCAAGUCGAACUGCACCCUUUUCUCCCUCAACAUGAGCUCCGACAGUACUGCGACAAGCUCGGUAUCCUGCUCGAAGCAUAUUCUCCUCUCGGUUCUACUGGCGCGCCCAUCAUGUCAGAUCCCGACAUCCAGCGAAUUGCGGACAAGAACGGUGUCUCUGCUGCUACGAUCCUCAUCAGCUACCAUGUGAACAAAGGCGUCGUGGUGUUACCCAAGUCUGUGACUGAAAAGCGCAUCUCCUCGAACAAAGAAGUUAUUUCACUCUCUGAGGAGGAUUUAGCCGUGCUCGACGGAUUGGCUGCCAGUGGCAAGGCGAAGCGUAUCAACACUCCUCUGUGGGGCUUCGAUCUCGGUUUUGCUGACUGGUAUGGUCCGAUCACGUCGUAA